GCUGUUCACCGACCGACCGCCUUCCUUUCUGUUGCCAUCUCGUGCGUGUCAUCAUCUCGUCCUCUUGUUCCUCCCUGUCAUCUUCUCAUUUCUCUUCUCUCCAAAACAUACAAAUCCAUCCGCAUCACCCAGAUAUACACAAUGGUCCGCGCCACUCCCGAAUAUCUCGCUGCCCGUACAUCCAUGAUGUCUCUCCGAGCGCAAGCCCUCGAGCAGUCCAUGAUGGCCUCGCAAACAUACUACGCUCCUCCUCAGCAGCCCCAGCAGCCUGUUGCUGCCAACCAGAUCAAUGCCAAGGACAUCAAGCCCGAGGCUUUCACCAAGCCAUACCUCGAGUUCAUGACCGAGAACCCAACCGUUUUCCACGCUGUUGGUUACUUCAAGGAGAAGCUUGACAAGGCCGGCUACAAAGAGCUUCACAGCAGAGACUCCUGGUCUGGCCAGAUCAAGCCCGGCGGCAAGUACUACACCACUCGCAAUGGCAGCUCCAUCAUCGCCUGGGCCGUCGGCAAGGCGUAUAAGCCAGGCAACGGUCUUGCUAUGGUCGCCGGUCACAUCGACGCCCUCACAGCCCGCCUCAAGCCUAUCAGCACCAAGCCUAGCCACGAUGGCUAUGUCCAGCUCGGCAUUGCCCAGUAUGCCGGCGCUCUCAACAGCACAUGGUGGGACAGAGACUUGAGCAUCGGUGGUCGUGUCAUUGUUAAGGAUCCCGAGACGGGCAAGACCUCUACCAAGGUCGUCAAGCUUGAUUGGCCCAUUGCUCGUAUCCCUACUCUGGCUCCCCAUUUCGGCAUUGGUAUGACGGGCCACAACAACCAGGAGACCGAGAUGACCCCCAUCAUUGGCCUCGAUAACAGCGACCUCAACUCCUCUUCCACCGCCUCCUCCGAGAAGCCCAUUGGCCCCAAGGGUUCUUUCGUCUCUACCCAGCCUCCUAAGCUCGUCAAGCUCAUUGCUUCCCAGCUCAAGCUUGAGGACUACACCAACAUUCUCAACUGGGAGCUCGAGCUCUACGACUCUCAGCCCGCCCAAGUUGGUGGUAUCGACAAGGAGUUCAUCUUUGCCGGCCGCAUCGACGACAAGCUCUGCUCGUGGGCCGCUUUCAUGGCCCUCCUCCACGCCCGUGACGAUGAGGACUCUGGCGUCAUCAAGCUCGUAGCGCUUUUCGACGACGAGGAGAUUGGCUCCCUCCUCCGCCAGGGUGCGCGCGGUAACUUCCUCCCCAUUGUUAUCGAGCGCACCGUCGAGGCUCUCGUUGCCAACACCAACACUCUCUACCAAAAUGCUUUCAUCGGCGGCACCGGCCUCGGCCCCGGUCUCAUGGGCCAGACGUACGCCAACUCUUUCCUCGUCUCGUCGGACGUGACCCACGCUGCCCACCCCAACUUUACCCAAACCAACCUGACCGAUCACUCUCCUCGCUUGAACGUCGGUGUGGCCCUUUGUGUCGAUGCCUCGGCGCACAUGACCACGGAUAGCGUGUCCAUGGCCAUCCUCGACCGCGUCGCCGAGCUUUCUGGCUGCGUCAACCAGAGGCACAUGAUCCGCAAUGACAGCCGGUCCGGUGGUACCGUGGGCCCUAUGCUCAGCAGUGCUAUGGGUGUCAAGGCGGCGGAUGUCGGUAUUCCCCAGUUGAGCAUGCACAGUAUCCGUGCCACGACUGGUAGCUUGGACCCCGGUCUUGGUGUCAAGUUCUACAAGGGUUUCUUGGAUGAGUGGGAGAAGGUUGAUAAGGAGUGGAGGGCUUAGAUGUCUGGUAGGACUAUUUGUUUGAUCUAACUUGAUGUGUUUAUGAUGGGACUGGGAUGGCGUGGUGUUAAUGAUGGGUUUCAAUCUGUAAUGAACUGAAUUUGAUGAGUUGCUUUUCUUGGAUAAGAGGGAGAUGAUUUGACUCGGGUUUGAUGUGACAUUAUGGUGCAUGCAGGGAGGGGUGGUGUGUUACUGCGCAGCAUAGUCUUUCGAUUUCCUAUCGUCUUAGAGUAGUGCAUAUGGUAUAGAUGAUAAACUUUGUAGAACAAUGUGAUAUCUACAAUUUUGAUGGCCAGUAAGCUUCUUAUGCUCUCUGGUAGAACCAGUAAGAUACG